CUGCUCUCCGCUACCACAUUACUAGGCUCUUUUCCGUCAUCUGGCGACCAUGGCGCUAUGAUUGCGACGCUGGGGCAUCAACCCUACAGAGACCCACAUCAGGUUUGCUCUUUCUUCCUCCAACGCAUCACCGGCAUCACUCAACUCAAUCAAAUCCUUGCCUUCUUCUUCACCAAUGGACUCCACAACUCUGACUCCCUUCCCGUCAAGCUUGUCAGUUACUGUAGUUCGAUUCGGAGAAUGGACGUUGCCUCGACGUUGUUCAAUCAAAUUCCUCGUCCGAGCGCUUUUCUCUGGACCACCAUGAUCAGGAGUUACACUGAAAAUGGUCCCUAUGACCAAUCCAUCCUCCUCUUCAUUCGAAUGCGCCGUAAGCUUGUACCACCCAAUCAUCUGACCUUCCCCUUUGUAUUGAAAGGUUGCAGUAGGAUGUUGGCAGUCCAUGAAGGCCAGCAGAUUCAUACCAACAUUUUUAAAUUUGGGUUUUCGUCGGACUUGUACGUAGGAAACACUUUGAUUGAUAUGUAUGGGAGGUGCAAGUCAAUCGAAGCUGCUCGCCAAGCGUUUGAUGAAAUGCCUUACAGAGAUUUGGUAGCGGAUACUGCUAUGAUUACGGCUUAUUGUAUGUGUGGCCUUACAGAGGAAGCAAGAUCAAUCUUUGAAGAUGUUUCGGAAGUAAAGGAUGUUGUUCUGUGGAGUGCCAUGAUAGGAGGGUACGUUCAAAAUGGGAAGCUGGGUGAAGCUUUGGCUUUGUUUGACAGGAUGAGGUCUAGGCGCGUAAAGCCCAAUUUUGUUACAAUGGUAAGUGUAGUUUCUGCAUGUGCACAGGCUGGAAAUAUUGAGGAAGGAAGACGUAUGCAUGAGUUCAUGGUAGAGAGUCGUAUGGAGAUCAAUGUUGUUAUUAGCACCUGUUUGAUGGAUAUGUAUAUUAAGGGUGGCCUUCUAGAUGAAGCCAUUGAGUUAUUUGAAAGAAUUCCUCGCAAAGAUGUGGUCGCAUGGAAUGCUUUGAUCAGUGGUUUGUCUAAGAAUGGCCAUGCUACUAAGGCCCUUGGCCUCUUCAGGAAGAUGAAGGAUUCAUCGGUUUUGCCUAAUGCUGUUACUCUCGUUGCUGCUCUUUCGUCGUGCGCGCAGCUUGGUGCUGUAAGUGAGGGCAUGGCAAUUCAUGAAUUGGUGAGAAAGAUGGGACUGGGGUUGGAUUUGAUGGUGGCAACAGCACUUUUAGAUAUGUAUGCAAAGUGUGGAUGCAUGGGGAAAAUGCAGCAUGUUUUUGAUGCCAUGCCUCAGAAGGAUGUUGUCUCAUGGAGUGCAUUGAUCAAUGGCUAUGCAAUACUUGGAUAUUCUCAAGAAGCACUUCUUAUGUUUACCAAGAUGUUAGAUGAAGGGGUGGUGCCCAACAGCAUCACGUUUUUGGCUGUAUUGAGUGCUUGUUCUCAUGCUGGGCUGAUCCGUGAGGGACAAGAAUAUUUUGCAUCAAUGCGCAGGGAUUACUUUAUAGAGCCCAGAAUGGAGCAUUAUGCUUGCAUGGUUGAUCUUUUCGCCCGAGCCAGGCUUCUUGACCUAGCUAAAGAGAUUAUCAAUAAAAUGCCGUUUGAACCAGGAGCUAGUGUGUGGGGAUCUUUAUUAAACGCCUGCUUGAUCAACAAAAAUGUUGACAUUGCUGAAUGGGCAAUGCAGCAUCUUGUGCAACUGGAACCAAGAAAUGAUGGAAAUUACGUGGUUUUGUCAAAUAUAUAUGCUGCUGCAGGGAGAUGGGAAGAUGCUGAGAGAAUCAGAACAGCUCUUAGGGAACAUGCCCGGCAAAAGAAUCCUGGAUGUAGUUGGAUAGAGGUAGAAGGCCACAUGCAUGAGUUUCUUGUUGGUGAUAUAUCUCAUCCUCUAUCCUCCCAUAUUUAUGGGAUGGUGGAUCUGCUGGUUGAGCAGUUGAAAAUGGAAAGCUGUUUUCAGCAAAAGAAUUGUGUUUCCCGAUAGAGAGAAAGAGAGGGAGCAGACAUGCAGUUCUAUUUAUGUCCUGUCCAUUAUUUAUGGAUUCAAAUGUGCUAGGACAGGAGACUUAUAAGCAGAAUGAGUGAGGGAGAUCCAUAGAUGAACGCAAACUGAUGUUUUGAUUUGCUACUAUCCUGUUCAAGAAGAUAAUGCGGGAAAUUACGUUACAUUUCACAACAGAACAUCUAGCUCUGUUUGUCCGGAUGAAUAGCUGUUCAGUCGCUAUCAGGUGGUAUCUCACAUAUCUGAACUGCAAUCCAUGUACUAGAAAGCAAACCUUAUCUACUUGUAUUCCUCGAGGAGAAGAGAUCGAGUGAUGCACAGCCAAGUACUUAGCAACUCAAGCCCCCUUUCUGUUGCUGCCUAUGCUGGCUAGCAAGUCAACUAGAAAACCAGCGGAUAUUUCUUUCCAUUUUUAUGUGCAGCAAAGUUAGUUAAUCAA